AAACGAGGCUGUUUUAUAUUAGUUUUUUAAAUUAAUCAAUAUACAAGAGCUGGCUUGUCCAUUUAAAAGUAGUUUGAGAUUUAAUUGGUUUAAUAUAAAAACAAUGCAGAAACUAGACAAUAAAAUUACACAAGUGAAUAAAUCUUACCAUAAUGUUGUCAUGAUAACUGACAGCUUUUAGCUAGCUAGCUGUGCAUGUCAUGUAAAUUUAUAUUUAACAAAACAAUCAUGAAAUGUCAACAAAUUUGCUCAAGUUCAAAAAUAAAGUGUUAAAAUAACAAAAAAUUAUAUGAUUCAUACAUGCAUUAUACAUACAUAUGUGAUAUCAAUUAAAGGCGAAUGAUAUUCAUAGACUUUUUGUGAUGUUUUCAAGACAAUGUUCACACUUGGCGAUGUUGCAGAUAUUCUAGAUUCAGCUCUCGACACUGGGAUAUCUAUUGUUGAUACUUUAGCAAAGUUAUCAGACAUUGCAGAUGAAGGGAAUAUUGACAGAGAAAAAUGUUUUGAAAACUUAGAUAUAGACGAUACCGUUACUGUUGAUGAUAAUGAGCAUAACUUAGCUCCAAACCACAAUCAUACUUCUAAGGAAGUUAAUUAUUGUAAUAGCUCUUCUGAAAAUAGUUCUAAAACCACUAAUAUAAAUGUUAAGCAUGAUAAUAAUUUUCAUAAUGUAAAAUUCAACACAGUUAGCUGUGAUAUUGAUAUUGAUGGCUCUGUAAACGAAACUGAGAGUUCUAGCGAUGACAAAUAUUUACCAAAUAAUGCCAUCAGACGUGGAACUUUUGUUUUGGAUACUUCUAUUAAAACAGCAAAUGAUGCUGCUCGACAGGGUUUACCAAUAAUUGAAGCUUUGGGUAAUCUGUGCUCAGUUGCUGAUAAUUUUAUAAAAGAUUAUAAUAAGGAUGAUGAAGAGAAUACAAAAGUUGAUGAUUCAGCAAAUAUUGCCAGAAAGAAAAGUCAAGAAAAUGAUCUUGAAUAUGUUAUAAAUGAUCGGGUUAAUAAAAUAUUAGAAUCUUUUCAAAAUCUUGACUUAACCGUUGACCAAAUAAAACAAGAUGCACUGCAGUACCAUCAUUUUGAUGAAGUAAAAGAUAGUGACGGAUUUGUUGUGUCUGCUAACUUUCCAGCAGAUCAAUCAUGUGGUGAUGAUACCACUGAAACUUACGCAACUGUAAAAGCCAUAAGAAGAAAUAAAAAAAGAUCCCCACGGCCAAAAACAAUGCUAUUAGAAUCUACACAAUCUAAUGAUAGCUGUCAUUCAGAUGAACCAACAAUUCAUUACAAUAAUAAUUUAGAGAAUAGUGUUAUUUUUGAUGAACAGGGUAAAGAAGCAAUUUCAAAUCUUGAUCAUUUGUUGAACAAACAGCCAGUUACCAGAACAACACAGAAAUAUGGAAAAACAUCUCGUAAUACAUAUUUAAUUUCUACACAAAUAAAUACGGUUGAAGAUGUUGAUGGUGAUUGUUUAGACAAUGAAAACAUAUUUUUUAAGCCUAGUUUUGAUAAAAACAACAAUGAGAAACAAGAGAGUUAUUUACAAUCAAAACAAAGUGACAGUUUUCCACAACGUAUUUCCCAUACUACAGAAGAACCAACCAGAGAAGUGCAUGAAAAUUAUAGCCCAAUAAGGCCUGUUUUUGAAAGAUCACUGAGUAACAUUGAGAAGAACCAAAUUGAGAACAAAUCUUUAAUCCAUGAAUUUGAUAUUGGUCAAGAAAAAACAAGGUUAUCCAGACUUUCAGUUAGCCUUCCUGAUUUAAUUGAUAAACCUUCAGCUGUAGGUGAUGAACCAGUUAAUCAUAUAAUGUCAAAGUUAGGAUUACUCAACAAAGUCAUGUCAGCAUCCCUCACUAAGCUGACAGAACUUCAUAAUGUUAAAAGACUUAUACAUUUAAGUUCAGAAUCCUUGAAUAUCUAUGACACUUCCAGUGAUCCAAACUUGAAGUUUGAAAAUGGAUACCUGGAAAACAAUAGCUUACAGCGUUUUUCAAGGUCAGCUCUAUUCAGUUCAACAGAAAGUCUGAUAUCUCAAGAUAAUGAUAAUCGUUCCAAUUCUGCCCUGGCUGUUCUGGAUGAUGAUCAAACAGAUGACGAUUCCAGUGAUUAUCGGCCCUUGUCCUCUUGUAGUCGAGCUACAUAUACCAUUUCACCACCUCCAAAGUUUAUUGAAAAGGAUAUACUUUGUGACUCAGAUGCUGAGUAUAACAAACCUAAUAAUUUCCAUGAAAGUACUUUAAACAACUAUGUCGGUUCUGAGGAAACAAAAUAUAUACAGACUGAUGCUCAGCUGUCAAAUGUAGAAGACAUCAUUCAUUGUCUUGAAAAUAAAUGGAACAAUAAGUUUGUUGAACUUCAAAACUUUGAGGUAAACAAAGAGGAACAAGUACAACCAUCUGAUACUGUUGUUCUACGCAAAGGUUUGAGACAACAAAACAGGUUGAAUACUGGUACAUAUGUUCUCAAUGCUGUUAAAAAUGAAAAAGAAGAAAAAAAACAUGACAGUGAUGGGAAAAGUUGCACUAGAAGAAGCACAUAUGUCCUCAACAAUGUCAAUACCUUUAAGAAUUCCCAUGAAGUUAGUAUAUAUGAUGAUACUUUGAACUUUGAUGCAAAGCAACAGCCAUUAAAAUCUCUCAGAAAUGAUUCUUCUAUACCUGACACAAAUGCUGGUCACAAAAAUGUAUUAAAUAAUGUUAGCAGUAACCAAAUAUCUGAUUUAACAAGUGAAUCUUUUAGUUAUAACACCAAUAUUCAAAAUGACAAAAAAUCUAAGCUAAAUAAGAGCAAAUGUGUACAAAAAAAUUAUGAUAAUGAUAAUACAAUCAAAGAUAGUUGUGAUGCAGUGCAAACAUCAGCUAAGAAACAAUACAAUCGCAGUGAAUCAUAUGUUAUAUAUAGGACGUCUGAUAAUGAUAAUAUUAGUUGCAGUGAUAAAGAAUUUGAACAAAAAGAAGUCCAAUCGUCUCGCAAGAAGACUAACCAGAGAGACUCCUAUGAUAAACGUAAAUCAUCCACCAGUGAUAGUGAAAGUAAUAAAGGAUAUGAAAGUCUAAUUUCUCGAAAAGAAUCAUGCAGAAGGAAGAAGGGAAGGACACAGAAAGAACAGAAUGAAAUAAAUACCCAGAAGAGUAUAAAUAGAAAAGAAUCAUACAUUAUAAGUAAAAGUUCGGGAAGUGCAAAUAACAUGUUAAAUGAUCCAGCAACUUCUGUCAAUCAUUACAUUGCAUGGACUGUCGAUCAAAAUGCCACAUCAGCUGUCAAUCAAAAAGCCACAUCAGCUGUCAAUCAUAACAGAAAUAACAAAAAAUUAUCAAAACUGCAAAGAACUGACCAAACUAGGCCAACAUAUAAAAACAACGAAAAUAAAAAACAAAGCCAAGUGGCAAGGUCAACUUAUAUUUUAUCUACCGUUAAAACAGACGAAUCAACAAGUAAAGUAAACAACCAAGAAAAAUCUGCUGAGAAAAAGUUUAUCAAUCAACAAUCAAAAAAACUUCAUCCUGAAACUCCAAGUAAACAUAAAUCGUUUCUCAAACGAACAAGUGUAGGAUAUAACAGUAAAACAACAUCUUUAAAAGAGCACGAUGAACCUCUCACUGCUAGGUUAGCAGCACUGCGUAUGCAACUCGAAGAAAAGAGACGUCAGUUUGAAGAAGAGAAGAAGAAGAAACAGCUGGUAUGGAGUCAGGAGCGUGCGAAGAAUUUACAGGACGCGUUCUUUGUUGUGAUUGGUGGAAAAGAAAACAAGGAUCCAAUGACAACGCAGACUGAUGUUUCCUCAUGGGAAGUUCAUUUUAACGAAGUCAAUCAGGGAGAAGGAAAAACAAAAGAUGAAGCUAACGCAGACAAAACUCCAACUAAAAAAAAACAGCUGUUAAGUCCUCGAGAAUUCAUCCGUCGAAAGCAGCAGGAAAACAAAAAUAAGCCGGCAACCGACCGUGGUUUGUGGUUUGUUGAUUUUGACGAGGAUAAAAUGCCAAACACAAACAUUGAUGAAAUGGUUGAUAAAUCUCGCGUUCAACAAAACCACGAUGCAAAAUCCAUCGAAACACCAACGGAGGAGAACAAUAAACAUGACACUUUAAAACAGACGGAUUCCUCUCCAUCGUUGUCAAAAGGUGGUAGUUCAGUUGUUAGUAAAAGUAUAAACACAGCCAAUUUUAAAGAAAUACCGCAUCUCAACGACAGCCGCGAUGUUUCGUCUUCUUUAAAGCGCCUACAAGCGCUUAACGAAUCUACCUCUGAGCUAGUCAGUAGGGUUAAUCGUUCCGACGAGCUUGAAAACACGGAAGAGAAUGUGUCACAAGCAGAAAAGAACACGUCUAAACUUGAAAACGAUGAUGAGAAACAUAUAUUGCAGCUGCCUGAAGAAGAGGAGAAACCGACGACGUACAACGAACCUCCUGCCAAGGUUGUCACACAUCCAGUUGUAGCCGAUAAUCCGAAAUUUUAUCCUGAUGAACCGGGUACGGUUGAAUAUGUGGAAGAUGUAACAACCAUUGAAACUUAUAUACCGGACGAAAGAUUGAUCACUAAUCCACCAGACGUUAAUAACUAUCCAUACGCACCGGAUCAAAGUAUAACGCCGGUCCAACAAAAAUUCCACUCUUUAAAUAUCAACGAAGAAUUACCUCAUACAUCGAACCUGCUAGAAGAACAAAAUACACCGGUGAAAACGCCGUUUGAAGAAAAUACGCCGGUGAAAACGCUGUUUGAACAAAGUACCCCGGUGAAAACGCUAUUUGAACAAAAUACGCCCAACAAAACGCCAUUAGAACAGAAUACUUAUUUUGAUACGCCCUGUAAUAAAAACACGCCCAACAAGGCUCAAACACAUGAAACGAGGCAGACACCAGGCACUCCAGAAUCUUCGUCUUUUGCUUUUACGUUUGGUGAUGAGAUGAUGGAAAAUCCAGGACUUACUCCUGAACAGCUAAAAAAGAAGGAACGAUUUUUGAAGAAUCGUGUGAAACGACAAGAAGCUGAGCUAGAGAAAAAGAGAAAGAAAGAAGAGAAGCUAGUAGAACAAAAACUUAAAAAGGAGGCUGAAGAGAGACGGUUAAAAGAACAACAGAUGGAGGAACAGCUGGUGAAAGCAACCAAUCGGUUACAUCAAGAUACGUACAGUAAAAGAAUUCAUGAACUCACAUACAACACCGACAUAAACCCAGCUCAACAGAGAAGAAAUAUGGAACUUCGUGCUGAGUCAGCAAGUCCUACAGUUCAACAGCGCGUCGAAGCUGCGGACGACAACAGCUCUUCUACAAACUCAUUCUCUGAAUACAAAGGACCUGCAGUAUAUCAAAAACCGAGCGGAAAGUCGAACAAAAAAAUCAUUCAGAACGCCAUCAUGCAUUGUUGUCUGAGUGGAGAAGUAAACAAAGAAGCCAAAAAGAAAUGUGUCGAGGCUAUAUUUCAAUCAGAAGCCAGUCAUUUUUUGGUUCUGUUUCGCGAAGGUUUGAAGUUCAGAUCGGUGUAUGAAUAUCGACCAGAAAGCGAAACGGUAACACGAAUAUAUGGGAUCGGCCCAAAAAACAUUACCCCCAAGAUGAUGAACAAAUUCUUCAAGUAUAACAGCGGAGCAAAAGAAUUCAACGCGCUGGACACAAAACAUUUAUCCAUACAAAUCGACGGUCUUAUGAUCAAAAAAGAACUAUGGGAAAAGAAAUCGAAUUUAGCUUCCAAAACUAAUUCCAAUUUUCGCAAGAAACCUCCUACAGGUAGUAGCAACCGCAUUCCAAGUAGAUGAAGAUGUACAUUUCUUUAGAAAGGUUAAUUUUUAUACAAAUUUAUUAUGUAAUUUAUUUAUUGUGAUCGACGCAACGGUAGUUACGUACAGUAGGGUAAAGUAGUAUUAGUAAUGUGGUUACUGUUUUCAUUCCGCCCUGUAUAUAGUUGUUUCUAUUAGUUGUAUGAUAUGUAAAUACACACACACCUUCA